AUGGACGAUCGCACUAAGGGCCUGGUGCUGGCGGUGGCGUCGAGCGUGUUCAUCGGCGGCAGCUUCAUUGUCAAGAAGAAGGCCCUCCGCAUGUCCGCCGUCUCGGGCAUCAGAGCCGGUGCGUGGGACGGCCGCCGGGUGGGAGGGGACGAGCGGUGGGUGGGACGGGUGGUCGGUGGGACGGGUGGUGGGUGGGACGGGUGGUCGGUGGGACGGGUGGUCGGUGGGACGGGUGGUCGGUGGGACGGGUGGUCGGUGGGACGGGUGGUGGUUGAUGGAGCUGGUGGGUUGAGUUCCCUGCCUCCUCUCACAACCCCGUCGCCGCUCACCCCAUUCCACCUCCUCCCACCGCUCUUGCUCUCUGCUUCCCACCAUCAUCCCUCACAUGCCCCUCGCAUGCGCCCCUCGCCUGCACCCCUCGCCUGCACCCCUCGCCUGCGCCCCUCGCGUGCACCCCUCGCGUGCACCCCUCGCAUGCACCCCUCGCGUGCACCCCUCGCAUGCACCCCUCGCGUGCACCCCUCGCGUGCACCCCUCGCGUGCACCCCUCGCGUGCACCCCUCACGUGCACCCCUCGCGUGCACCCCUCGCAUGCACCACUCGCAUGCACCCCUCGCGUGCACCCCUCGCAUGCACCCCUCGCAUGCACCCCUCGCGUGCACCCCUCGCAUGUACCCCUCGCGUGCGCCCCUCGCUGCGCCCCUCGCGUGCACCCCUCGCGUGCGCCCCUCGCGCGCACCCCUCGCUUGCACCCGUCACAUGCGCCCCUCGCGUGCACCCCUCGCGUGCACCCCUCGCAUGCACCCCUCGCGUGCACCCCUCGCGUGCGCCCCUCGCCUGCACCCUCGCGUGCACCCCUCGCAUGCACCCCUCGCGUGCACCCCUCGCGUGCACACCUCGCGUGCACCCCUCGCAUGCGCCCCUCGCGUGCACCCCUCGCGUGCACCCCUCGCGUGCACCCCUCGCGUGCACCCCUCGCGUGCACCCCUCGCAUGCACCCCUCGCGUGCACCCCUCGCGUGCACCCCUCGCGUGCACCCCUCGCGUGCGCCCCUCGCGUGCACCCCUCGCGUGCACCCCUCGCAUGCACCACUCGCAUGCACCCCUCGCGUGCACCCCUCGCGUGCACCCCUCGCAUGCACCCCUCGCAUGCACCCCUCGCGUGCACCCCUCGCAUGUACCCCUCGCGUGCGCCCCUCGCUGCGCCCCUCGCGUGCACCCCUCGCGUGCGCCCCUCGCGUGCACCCCUCGCUUGCACCCGUCACAUGCGCCCCUCGCGUGCACCCCUCGCGUGCACCCCUCGCAUGCACCCCUCGCGUGCACACCUCGCAUGCACCCCUCGCGUGCACCCCUCGCGUGCGCCCCUCGCGUGCGCCCCUCGCGUGCACCCCUCGCGUGCGCCCUUCGCGUGCGCUCGCGUGCACCCCUCGCGUGCACCCCUCGCGUGCACCCCUCGCGUGCACCCCUCGCGUGCACCCCUCGCGUGCACCCCUCGCAUGCACCCCUCGCGUGCACCCCUCGCGUGCACACCUCGCGUGCGCCCCUCGCGUGCGCCCCUCGCGUGCACCCCUCGCGUGCACCCCUCGCGUGCAUCCCUCGCGUGCACCCCUCGCGUGCACCCCUCGCGUGCACCCCUCGCGUGCACCCCUCGCGUGCACCCCUCGCGUGCACCCCUCGCACCCCUCGCGUGCACCCCUCGCGUGCACCCCUCGCGCCCCUCGCGUGCGCCCCUCGCGUGCACCCCUCGCGUGCACCCCUCGCAUGCACCCCUCGCGUGCGCCCCUCGCGUGCACCCCUCGCGUGCACCCCUCGCGUGCACACCUCGCAUGCACCCCUCGCGUGCAACCCUCGCGUGCGCCGCUCGCGUGCACCCCUUGCGUGCACCCCUCGCGUGCACACCUCGCAUGCACCCCUCUCGUGCAACCCUCGCGUGCGCCGCUCGCGUGCACCCCUCGCAUGCACCCCUCGCGUGCACCCCUCGCGUGCACCCCUCGCGUGCACCCCCCGCAUGCACCCGUCGCGUGCGCCCCUCGCGUGCGCCGCUCGCGUGCACCCCUCGCGUGCACCCCUCGCGUGCACACCUCGCGUGCACCCCUCGCGUGCAACCCUCGCGUGCGCCCCUCGCGUGCACCCCUCGCGUGCACCCCUCGCGUGCGCCCCUCGCGUGCGUCCCUCGCGUGCACCCCUCGCAUGCCAGCCCAUCCACGCCAUUCCACUCCCCCUUGCAUGCACGGCUUCGCCUCAAACUGACAGCUUCCCUCCCCUCCCUCCAUCCUUUGCCUUUCACUCAUUUACCCGCCCUCUUGACCCUUCCACUUCCUUCUGGCUCCUGGUGUUGGGAGAGUUUGCCAACUUUGCAGCGUACGCCUUUGCCCCAGCCAUCCUCGUCACACCACUGGGCGCGCUCAGCAUCAUCAUCAGUGCCAUACUAGCGCACAUUUUGCUGGAUGAGAAGCUGCAUGUGCUGGGGUGGCUGGGGGCGACGCUGUGUGUGGUGGGAUCAAUCGCCAUCGUGCUGCACGCCCCGCAGGAGAUGGAGAUUGACAACGUCAAGCAGCUCUGGGCGCUCGCCACUGAGCCAGCCUUUGUGAGCUAUUCAGUGACGGCGCUGGCGAUGAGUGUGUUCCUCGUCUUUGUGUUGGCGCCGCGCUACGGCUCCACCAACGUCCUCGUCUACCUCGCCAUCUGCUCCCUGCUCGGAUCCAUCUCCGUGGCGAGCUGCAAGGCCCUAGGGAUUGCCGUGAAGCUGACCCUGUACGGUGACAACCAGCUCUUUUACCCCGAAACCACCUUCUUUGCCGUCGCCCUUGCCGCCUGUGCCGUCACACAAAUCAACUACCUCAACAAGUCACUAGACACGUUCAACACGGCAGUGGUGACGCCCAUCUACUACGUCAUGUUCACCACGCUCACCAUAGUGGCCUCGGUGAUAAUGUACAAGGACUGGGCGGGGCAGACGGGGGAGCAGGUGCUCAUGGAGUUCUGCGGCUUCCUCACCAUCCUCAUCGGCACCUACCUGCUCCACGCCACCAAGGACUUUGCUGGUGAUUCCUCCCGCCUGCACCUCUUCGACCCCUCAGCCCGAGCCACUCCUUCCAAGAACCCGGCAGCCCUCAAGGGGCACAUAGGGCUGGGCACCAUGCCUUCAGGGGGCUCCAAGGAUGAUAAAGACGACCUUGACCCCGAGGCCAAACCACUUCUGUGA